ACAAAGUAGAAGCAAGUAUAAGGUUGCGAUGGACUCCACGAUAGCGUUUUUGAUAUUCAAUCCCGCCCAGUGCUUCGUUUUUUUUCCUGACAGACUACUAACUUUUAGAAGGCAGUUUCUCGUAGCAGUGCGAUAUUUAAGGCAGUAAAGAUGGACGUCAAAUCGGUGUUGUUUCUGCUGCUGGUUGCAGUAGCAUUGAGCCAGGCCCAGAAGCAAUGUUGCUUCCCGGACCAAUAUGAAGCAACCGACGGUCAGAUUACCGGCUCGGUUCAGUCUGGGCAAGGUAUGGUUCAGAUAGCGUCGGCACAAAUUGCCUUCGAUUACACCAACAGGCGAUUGGGUGAACUUGUAACAGUUCAAGGCAGUAUGUAUCAAGAGGUCUUCGAUUACAACAAGGGCGUCCUUUACGUCAUCAAUCUCACUAUGAAGACAUGCCAGAAAGUUCCACUACCGACAAUGCAAAUGCAGCAUUGUGUCCCAAGUAACGCCACAUACGGAGGUUCUUUCUAUGCUGGAGAUCACAAGUUGAAUGCAGACACGUUCAGCUACUCCAUUAAUGAUGGAUCUAACGUGGGCAACGUGACCCUGUCUGUCACCAAGGAUAACUGCAUUCCAUUCAGUGAAACGUUUAUCGGAUCGUCAGGGGGAAAUCAAAUGCUCACCGUGGCGGGAUUCGUCAACUAUACCCCAGGGAUCCAGGACCCCUCUAAGUACUUCACUAUCCCCAACUAUUGCCCAGCGUUCCUCACUCCGGAACCAAAAGAGGGCCUGGGACCUGCCUUCACCAUGAAGUUUCCACUGUGAGUGCGCCCUCAACGGCCAUACUUGGACUGAAACCGAUCUAUCGCCUGAGUGUACGUCUAGAAUAAUUUUGAAAUCAAUUUUAUUUAGCUAGUAAAAUGCUUUUCGACAGUGAAGAUUCAAAAUCCGUAUUUGAAUUUUGAAUGACUUUUAAAAAAUAUUGAUUUUGCCUGUUUGCAACUUUGCACAUCCAAUUUUGUUUGAUGAAAUAAUUCAUUGUAUAAUUUCAAACAUUAACGAGCUAUCCGAUCUGGAUGAAUUCGAUGUCCUGGCUCGGAUUGGUUUCCUUUUUUUUCUUCGAAAGUAUCUACUUGAAUUAUAUAAAAUAAAGAUAUUACCACAACUGACUCAAGAUCCUGUUGAUGUAUUAUUAGUUACGUCUAUAUAUCAUGCCACACCAAGUCAUGUAAGUUCGUGAGGCCAACUCUAGUCAGGAAAAAGACAAAUACCGCUCUUUAAUUGUCCCAACUUUUAUCAGUGAAAUGUUUUCGCUUCUUUACGAAAAGCCUGAGGGAGACAUGACAAACAAAUACAAGUUUGGUUGGCUUUUGAUAUAAACGACAAUCGUGACGUCACAGCUUACAUUGUUUACAUUGUUUAAGGAUGUGAAAACGUUCCUGGAAAUACUUAAAUCCUUGUGGAGAAAUCAAGACGAAUGUAGCAACAACUGAGCAGACGAUGUUCAAUUAUUACAAAACCUGAUAUAUUACUGCAGAUAAUGCAUGUUUCUUAAUCCUGCAGAAAAGUUGCUUAAUAGGACCAAAACAUCUAGUUUCAAAAUCGAGUUGAUUUUUUUUAUAUGGUUGCUUUUUCUAUUAAAAUCAUGUCGCAGUUAGCUAGGUUUUGUUAUCUAAUCGUGGAAUAAUUCAAUUUAUAAAGCACACCACAUAUCUAGUGCAAGUUGUAAUUGAGAUUAAAUAAAAUACGAUACCAGGUGAAAAGCAGUAACAUGG